ACGGCCGCGGCCACCGUCUCCCUCUCUCGUCUGUCUUUCAGUGUCCACCCAUACACAAACCAAACGCAAACACAGAGCGCGCACGGAGCACGAGGCUGCGCUAGCUGGCUGCCUCGAGCGACGACAUGGCCGACGCGAAUGGAUCAUCAUCGCCGUCGCCGCAGCACUCGUCCGGCGGCCAGGCCGUGACCGGCGACUUCGUGGCGGUGCCCGGGGCCGGCCCGCACGGGUCGUUCCAGGCGCUGCUCGCGUCCGUGGGCGGCCACGCCCCGCCGGGCGCCGCCCCGGCGAACGUCCUGCCGCAGCACCAGUACCAGCAGUACCACCACCAGCUGUUCGGGCCCGUCGGCGCGCUGAUCCAGGCGCCGCCGCAGCCAAUGCCCCUCCGGGUCCAGCCCCCGUCGCCGGCCCUGCCGCCGCCGCACUGCGCCCAGUCCAACCUGCUGCUGCCCGCCGGGAGGCACUACUACCAGCACUGGCAGCCGCCGGCCCCGCAGAUCGGCGCCGCAGCGCAGCCGCAGGUCCCGAUGGGAGCAGGGGGUUUUGGGGACUGGACCAUGUAUAACGUUAACAGCAGCACGUUUGUGUCCGUCGCCUGCGGUAGCAGCAGCAGCGUCGUCCGCGGUAACAAUGGCUACCAUCAGAGCUCCAGGCUGUGCUCCGCCACGGCAUGGCCUAACUUCAGUCCGAGGAGCCCUUACGCUACUGUUUACCCUCAUGGCAUGCAGCAGGAUCACCAAGCUAUUACCUACCAUGGCAACAAUAACAAUCAGCAAGGUUCAGGCUUUGUAUCCAACUUCAGGGUGGAUCAACCAAUAUCUCCGGCGUCAAACAAUCACUCUCCUCCACAAUUAUUAGACGAGGCCACAUACACCAAAAGGGCGAAGAGGAACACCAUGCGCACCCAGAAGGGGAGGAAUUCAGAGGACCCGCCUGAGAUGGAAAGUGAAAACAGUGAUGUACUAGAUCACCCCAUGCUAGAUGAGAAUCACAACUUGAAUCAGGGCCAGGAAAUUUUCACUACUAGGUUCAACUGUAAAGACUACUAUAUGAUUGUGUGGAAGGAGUUGACCAACAGUGAUGUUGGAAAUAUUGGAAGAAUUGUACUGCCAAAGAGGGAUGCAGAGGCUAACCUUCCAGCUUUGCUUGAAAGGGAUGGCCUGAUACUCAAGAUGGAUGACUUGAAGCUUCCUGUUACAUGGAACUUUAAGUUCAGGUUCUGGCCUAACAACAAGAGCAGAAUGUAUGUCUUGGAAAGUACUGGAGAAUUUUCAAAGAACCAUAAUCUAGAGCCACAAGACACCUUCAUCAUCUACAAAAGCCUGGAGUCCGGCAAAUUUCUUGUCCGUGCGGAGAAGGUGACCGGGCAGUGCGCUACCUUACUCUGUCCGGAAUGCAAGGAGGAAGGCCGCAUAAACAAACAAUGCGGGUUCACCAGGAACCUGAACGCCAAGAAAAAAAGAACACCUAGAAGCAAUCACAAAAAAAGAAGAGGGAACACCAUGAAGCAUCGUCGAGAGAGUAUCACCCUAAAUUAUCAUCAUUGACAUGUUGUACCAUUGGAACUGAAUUUCAGACACAAGUCCUGCUGUAGGCCUUAGUAGCUGGUGAAUAGCUCUGGCCCCAAGAGAACAUCUUUCCAGUUUUUAGAUGACUUAAGUUUGCUUCACCGUGUAGCAGUUGGUGUUUUGUUAUGUAUUUGUAAGAAAAAUAAUUUGUUCUGUAGUGUUGUACCUCAUUCUGGAUGAUUCCCACCAUUUGUAGGAUGUAUGUUUGGCUCUGAAUCGAUCUGCUGAAUCUGUCAACAGAAUUGA